GCGCGAUACUGGCGGCGAAAUGCAUCAUGGUAGCUCGAGUCAGGAACUCAAUACAAUAUUCCAGAUGUGAUUGUUUUGUCCAGGAAUGUACAUGUCUCAAGCUUGGGAUUCGCGCUGUGGUCCUCAGAAUUCUGGGAUUUGUAGUUCUUACACGCAGCUAAGCUACACACAGCUAAGCUACACUUGCACGUCAGUUCCCUCACCAUGUGGACCCUGUAGGAAACGUGGAGAGCAAAUUUCCAACCUCACGCUACUUGUGCUCGGUGUUGUCAGUCAUCAUGUCAUUUUGUUUUAACUUCGACGUUCCCGCACAAACAGCAACCCCAGACAGCGUGGAUGGAAAUGAAUUGCAAAACAGAAUGAAAGACCACGCUGCUAAAUCUAUUGAUGAUAACCCCAAACCAGCAGAGCCAGUAAAAGCGGCAAAAGAGCACCUUUCACUGUCAGACCCACAGCUCUUCCUUAAGGAUGCUGUCGCUGAAACAGUUACCAUAGGAACUCUUCCUCCUCUUCAUUUUCUCAAUGAGACGGUCUUUGAAAAGACAGCCUCAGAGAGAGAGGACAGGGAGAAAAUUCUCUCCCGCACUGUGGAGCAGAGGUCUGAUCUCAUCUCUGGCGUGUAUGAGGGAGGGCUGAAAGUGUGGGAGUGCACUUACGACCUUCUGGAGCUGAUUGAGAAAGACGGCGAGACAUUUGGGGGGAAAAUGGUUUUGGAUUUGGGCUGUGGCGCAGGGCUGUUGGGGUUAUUGGCUCUGAAGAGAGGAGCCAAGCAUGUCCACUUCCAAGAUUAUAACAGUACUGUUAUUGAACAGCUUACAGUGCCAAAUGUAAUGCUAAACUGCCAAGAGGAUGAUGACGUAGAUAGUGACGAUGACAAAGAAGGGAGGGGCAAGGGCCAUGGUAAAAUGAAGACAAAAGAGAAACAAGAAGCAAAAGAUGGCAACCCACCACCCAAGAAGAGAGCUGUAGACCAAGCCCAACAGCCAUUGCUAGCAAAGUGUCGUUUUUUCUCCGGUGACUGGAGCACAUUUCUUGCUUUGGUUAAAAAGGAAGAUCCGCCACCCAAAUAUGAUAUUAUAUUGACCUCAGAGACUAUUUACAACACUGCAUACUACCCUGCUCUACAUGAGACCCUUCACAAUCUGCUCGCACCGGGUGGACUGGUCUACCUCGCCACCAAAUCCCACUACUUUGGUGUUGGUGGUGGGCUGCACUUGUUUGAGACUUUUGUGGAGCAAAGAGGUAUCUUCUCUUUGGAUCAUCGGUGGGAUGGGGAAGAAGGACUUCAGAGACAUGUAGUAGUACUGCGUUUUAAAAUGACAAGGGACAUUUGAAUAAGUAAAGCAGUUCUGGAUUUAAUAUUCAGCUUUAUUGAUGUGUGAACUGUCAGAGACUCUUGUGCACAAAUAAAACAAAUAAUGGUAAUUACUACACAGCUGAACGCAAAUAAAAAUAUUCGCAUUUCCUCUCGAUCCUCCAUAAGGAACUUUAGGUCGAGUGAACAACAGUGGCAAAACAAGGAAGAGCUGAAAUAAAACAUGCUGUCACAUCUCCUGAGUGCUUUUUGGUUACCUACAAAGUCUUUCACUUCCUAUAUAGAAAUUUGAAUAUGUCUGCCAGUAAGUGAAGUGCAGUUGAAAGGGGCUGUUACAGGUCUUUAGAUGCAUGGAGAGGAAAGAAAGGAAAUGGGCUCAGUGACCUUUGCGAGUGAUUUCCCCAGUGUUCAAACAGCAGCAUGAAAGCCAGGCUUGUUUCUGAAGUCCGGCGCAAAAUGUCAAUUGCAACUUAUCCCACCAGCCCAAGGAUAUAGUUUGAAAGUGGAGUCUAGAGUCACUGCACAUCAAUGGUGAGACUAUGGGGUCUCUGUACCUCUUAUUAUAGUAAUAGCUCCGUGUGAUUUUGUGGGUUUUUACCUUCAGUUAAAGGCAUUACACAAUCUGGGUAUGCUCUGUUGAGAAAACAGAAAGACAUGACACAAUAAUGAACAUAUCCAUCCAGGAAAUAUGGGCAAAUACACAUUCGAGUAUGAGAAGGGAACUGUGCUGUAUUUAUUCAGACAGUGUGUGGAUUCCCCUUUUGGUCCAGAUCAAGGAAAUCACUUGAAUUAAGCUCACAGGGCUUUUCAUGAGGACGAUGUCCUAACCAGUUUCCCGCAUGUGAGACAGCUAGGUGAAGAGGAAAUCAGAGGGAUUUUACUGGGUCACUCAACAAUGAAACUGUGAAUAUUAACAUCCCCUUGCUUGUUUUAAAAAUCGUGUCGCUGACCCACUCCGGUCAUGUUCAUCUAAUUGAACACAGUAUCACAUCCCUGUCAUGUUUGACAAUGGCCAGAGAGCAAACAAAUUCAUUUCAUAAAGGCAGCCUUAUUGAAAACACCCCUAUCAGACCUCACCUGAACAAAUGACUCCAGCUACACAAAUACUCACAUGAAUCGAUCUCAUCCUAAACAUCCCCAUGACGCAAGUGGUAUACACUGCCGUGCUGAUAAAUAAUAUUUAGCAAAGAUAAAACCACUGUUCUAGGAAACAUGGUGUCACUAGCUCAAACAUGACUGUGCAUUUCAACGCCCGCAUUGUGUGGACAGAAUUUCCAUUCACUUAUUGUGUAAACAAACUGUCUUAAACACUAUUUGUAUCUGUGCUCGUACAAAACACCAAACACAGUUUCUGUUUGCAUAUGCCCGGACCAGCAAACUUCCAGUGUGUCAGCUUCGUCAUCGUCUCUCAUCUCGACAGCUGUUCGUGGCCUGUGGGGGAAUUCCUGGUUCCUCGAGCAGACGCAGCCUUUCCCCUGCUUACUUUAUGGGAACAGGGGGCUGGGCCAGUCAGAUGGUUUUCCUCAGAAACUAUUAUGUGUUGAUUCACUGUGAGGGGGCGUGCUGUUCACUCCCACUGUUUCCUUCUUACUGGGAAGUGACUAUCAGGCUUACCGAAGGGAGGGAGUGUAUGAGAAACAGAUAGAGAGGAGGGAGGGAAACUGAUGGGUGAUGUUAAAGGUGGUGGUAUUUAAGGUUCUUUGCUCUGAAUGUCAGACAGUGUGCUGUAUCCUGCCUUGGAACUUGGAGGACGUGGAAGAGUGAGCAGAACUUGCAGGUUAACUGGAGAGGGACGGCUCCACAGUAUGUUUAUUCAGUUUGGAAAGAUCUUCUGCUGAUUCAAUGCUAAAAUGUCUUUUUGUUGAGCUGGGACCUCUGAAGUGUAUUUCAAAGCUUGACCGAAGUGGCACAGUCCUGGGAGGCCUUCAUGAGGAGAUGUAUUUAUGCUAUACCCAACAUCUGGAGUAUGAACAUUUUCUGUGAAUGCCUGGGGUAAGUAUAUAGGUAGAAAACUGGUCAUUAUUCUGAUCAAGUAAAAAUGCUGAGCAUAUUUUAUCUAAAAUUGUCAGACAUGCCUUUAACUACACCCUACAAACCUUCAUUAAGUUUUCAGCUUUUUUAAGGUAUAGUAAAGAUUUUGCAAAGAAAUAUCAAUUCCCACAUUUUCUGAGCACCGGCAGAUGUGUGAUAUUUGGAUGCUGACUAAUCUGAUCUUUGUUUGAGAGCCAUUUGGAUUAGUGCGGACUUUAAUAAUGGGUGAAUGCCCUAAUAAGGGAUUUCUUGUUUUGUAAUAGGCUGUAGAACCGGUUGUUUCCGAGUCUAACUGCUGGGAAGAUAGGAGUUUCCUGAAUGUGUUCAGGUGUGGCCUUCCUCACAAAGUUCAUUGUACUAAAUUACAUGUAUCCUAAAAGAAUGCACACUCAUACUGAAUAGAGAUACUAUUGAGGAACUAUCUCACUGUUUUGUCACUGUCAAUAUUGAAUCCAGGCCUUGAAUUAGGUGUUUUUUAAAUGAAGGAAGAGAUCCUGUAAUUCAAAAGCAGGUCAGUUAAUGGCAAACGACCUACUGUAUGUGAGUAAUCAUACUGUCCCAAAGUUCCUUUCCUGGGAGUGUAUGGCCAUAACUGAUUAGUCAUUUCAUUCCUUGACCAGUGCACUAUCACCAUGAUUCAGUGCUUACAUCAGCCCUGUAGACAGACUUUUAUUUCAGUGGUUGUGAAGCAUUUCCAGGAAUACUUAGGUUGAGCAGACGGUUUCCUCAGAUGACCCUGAAACUCUCCAUAGGCUCUGUCUAACCGCAGAAUUGGAUCCACUCAAUCAUUACUCCAUUUGGGAGGUUUGUUUUUCCACUUUACUUGAAUUUCACUUACAUAAAAGUCCUCUCAGUCUGUUGCCAAUUUAUGAAAAAGUAGAUGUUUUAAAUUGCAUUACUGUAUAAUGCAAAUGCCAACUAUGAUUAAUCACUGUUUAAGAUCAGCUUUAGUUGCCAGUGAAAUGACCUGUUGCUCAAUCUUCCAAUGAAAGCAGCAAGGCUGACGCUAUAUUCUCGUCAUCACCUUGCUUUUCUUGAGAAAAAGGAACAGUCAUGAGUGACUCAACGUGCUGCUCAACAUGCUAUAGUCUCAUAUAUCCAGCCCCCCCGCCCCUAUUUUUUUUUUUGUUUUAUACAUUUUCAUGAUGUUUUAUUGGGUAUAGAUGGAUUUCUUUUGGUUUCAUUUAUCUGUGAAACUCUUCUUAAAACUUAACAUCAACAAUGAAGCACAAGUGGUUUCAGAUUAUUAAGGCAUUCAAGGAUCAAGGAGCUCCUGAAGACAAACUUCUGAAGAGUGCCCUGCUGUGAGAACUGAAUUCCAUAGAUGGUGGCAUCUCCAGGUGUCAUCUAUGGGCUCAGUUCUUUUGGCAUGGUACUAGUUUGCUCACUGCACCGCACCUGACGGCAGAAAUCAUGAUCUCAGAAUACAUAAAUACUUGCAUGAUUUACAUUCUUUCCGCCAUGUCUUAUUUUUUACUACGCAUUACUUUUGUUUGAAUGUUACGUGUGUUGUUGCCUUUCUUCUUGGACCUAAUUUGCAUAUAACAUAGCUGUGAGUAAACUAAACACUCAAAAAUUCCUGAUCUUUUUUUUUUUAAAUUGAUGAUGAAGUAUUUUGUAUGUAUUGUUAAUAAAGUCAAUUAAAGUGA